AUGGACGCCGAGGCCAUGCUCAUGGCCACACCAGUGGCUCAACCAACCAACACGACAACGACCUUGAGUGGCAAGAAGCCAUUGGUUGCUUCCGGGGAGCUUACCGAGUCAGAGCUCGUGGAGCUUGCCCAACAUAUGGCCUCGCAAGAGGGCGUGCCCGUUUUCCACACGACUGACGCCCAUCAUCGCGUCAUUACGUUAUUGACCGGUGAAGAUGCGGUCAGUUGGCUGCUAGAACAAAAGCUUGUUCUCACCUCCUUGGAUGGCAUCAAUCUCUGUCAACGAAUGCUUCUGCAAGGCCACCUCAAAGCCAAUCGUGGCGUCGAUGCCAAGGUGUUUGAAGCGAGCAACAAGGCCACCUACCGCUGGAAUCCCAUCCUCAUGGACGAUUCGUCGGAUGAGGAUGAAAGUGAUGGUGACUACUUGGAGAUUGAGAGCGAGGCCUACUCCAGUGGCACAGAGGAUGCCAUGGAGUAUGCCUUAGACAUGGGGCCCAGUGACCGCAGCUACAUGCAUGCGGACGGCAUUGACCCCAACACUGUCACGCCGGAUACGGUGGUUUGCUUGCCCUGCAAAACCACGAGCAUUCUUCGCUCAACUCCCACCCAGUUCAACGACACUUUGACUGCUUCGCCCAAAAGCCGGCGCCGAAAGCGCAAGCUCAAAUGGGAUUUCAAGAGCAUCAACUUUGGCGUGACUUAUCAUGCCAGCAUCUACCAGCGCGUCUCUUGGUUUGAUAUGGACGUGGCCAUGGAAGCGUGGGAUGAAGAAGAGGAUGACGAGCGCCGGCGGCAGCUCGAAGGUCGCUGGAACCAUUUUGAAAAAGACCUGCCUCCAGGAAGCAAGUGCCGCGAGCGGGUGUACUAUGAGCAGGGCACAACCCGUCUCGCCGUAUUGACCCGCAAGGCGCAAGAACGUGCCCGUCGCACUGGCACUGACGUCACUAAUGAGCUGCUUUCCUACUUGCAAGCCGCGGACCGUUUGUAUAAUGAUGCGCUCGCUGGUCUUUUAUUCGAUGGACCCCCCAACGAAGCCGCAAGUGGCAGCAGUCGACCUGCGGCAGCAGAUGCCAUUCGUCCCAACUCAGCCCCUGCAUCCCCAAAGUUGUGCGCUGAUGCCAACGUGCCUGAUUAUUUUGAAGCUUCCCCGUCACCCUCGCAAGCAACCUCAGUACCAUCCCCGGUCCAAGCCCUACCCUCCCUCGCCACACCAUCGGCGAAAACCCUUCGAGACAUGGCUCACCGAGCUGGCCGUCAUGGACCCCGUGACUCGCUAUCGGGGCCUGAUGACAAGCCCAAGCGCACCGUGCACUGUCCAGAUGGCAUUCCAGAAGUUGUCGACCCUUGUCCGGCCACGAGUGGGCCACUCGACAACGCCGCUGUUCCUAAAUCAGCGGCGCGUGCGCAGAGUCCAGUUACACCUGAGCAAAUGCGCUUGGCUCAGCAACGCCGCACCGCACGCGUAGUCCUCUUAGAUGACGAAGACGAUGAUGCGGAGGAACAGGUCGUGGCCCCACGAGAGACGUCCACGGACAGUGCCGAGCCCAUUGCCCAACCACCAGGCGCGAUCGACACUGCAACAACAUCUGAGCGGCUCUCCCCUCGGGUCCCGAGCCCCAGUGGGGACCGUGCGGCCAGCCCAAUAUCGGACGGGCAUUCCAACAAGGGUGCCGCAGGUCGUGCGCGUGAGCUCAAGGGUCUAUUGGCAGAACGCGUCAAGUUGCUCGAUACUGGGGAUGCCAGUUCAAAAAAGCAGGCCCAUGGCGACAUUUCUCGCAAGAUUGAACAAGCACUGGCUGAGCGCGAAGCCCAUGUUCGGGCCCAGUUGGAGAGUGAGCGUGCUGCAAGAGAGGCCGCCAUUAAAGCAGAGCUUGAGCAGAAGCGUGCAGCUCGCCGAGAACAUCUUCAACAACAGCAACAAAUGCAACAGUCCGUUGUGCUUACGAAUGACCCCGCCAAGACUCAAGCACUAGCCUCCCCGGCCGAGCCUUUGCCAUCUUCCCCGCCGUUGGUACGCGAGCCGUCCAUCGAUUCGGCCGAGAUUGCUGAGGCCCUCGCUUCGCCCACCAAGAAGAAGAUAGGAUUUAUACGGCGCAGCCUUCGGCGCUUGUCCUCCAAUAGCGAUGACCGCAAUACGGAAAGCAAGAGCAAGCGCCGCCGUGCGCCAAAACCGGACACUUCGACCAUCACUGAGAACACCGCCUCUGCUAGUUUGUCAGCUCGCAACCCUGUUGCAGCUAGUGAGGAUGCAUCUUCAGGCUCGGGCCAUGCCAAAGGCCGCUUGACGGACCUGAUCCGCCUCUUUGAGAAUAAGACUGAUGCACCGGCCAGCUCUGACCGAUCAACCCAAGAGCCGCGCCGCUCAAUUCGUCGCAUGUUUGGUCGCCGUAGCAAGAAGGGUCGCAACUCCAUUGCCGAUGAGGAAGUUCCCGAGAUUCCACUUGCCCCGCCGGCCCCACCGGCCCCAUCUGCGCCAACGUCAGCCGAGAUUACCCAGACAACAGCAAAAACAACAACAACAACAACAACACGUGCAUCCCCCUCGCCUUCCCCUGUUACAACACGCAAGAAAGCACCCGUGCCUCUGCCAUUGCAAUCAGAUGCCCGAUCUGAACCAAAUCCAGCUGCACCCCCCGUUGUGCCACGCAAGCCAGGACGCGAGAGCGUAUUUGAAGUGCUUGUGCCCGUCGCGAGAGUUUUCGAGCGCAGCCCCAGCGCACCCAAGAUAACCCCACCCGUGCCCACCAAGCCCCGUGCGCCUGCCAUUGCUGACACGCUCAAAGCCACAGUGUCACGUUUCGAAGCGAUUGCUGCAACCGACGAACACGACAGCCCUCAAGGCUCGAUCGAUCUGCUCGAGGUGUCACCUCGAUUGUCCUUGUCCACCGUGCAAGGCCGCGGUAGCUAUGAUUGCGCCAUCUCUGGCACCUGGCUGCCACGGCAGGAAGAGUCAGCAUCACGCAAGCCAUCACACCCUGCUGUUCAAGAGCAAGACUCAGAGGCUGGCUCUGAAACAUGCUCUGAAACAGCAGGCAUCGAGCCAGUCCCUCCCACUGCCCCACGAUCAUCCCUGUCACACACAGUCACAGCCUUACGUGCAUCCCCAAAAGCUUCUGAUGCCGUUCAAACCUGCCCCAAGGUGGAAUCAUGCACUGACGAAGCGCCUACUAAUCAGGCACCCAAUGAGGAGUCCUACUUUGCGUGCGAAUACCUGCGAUGCACAGCACAUGAGGUAUUACGACGACGUGGCGUGGAUCCGGCGCAAAAGGAAUCAUACCUGAGCCCGUCAGAUUUCCGACAAGUCUUCAACAUGAGCCGCGACGAUUUCGUUAAACUGCCUCUCUGGCGGCAGCAACAAAAGAAGAAAUUGGCCCGCCUCUUCUAA